AUAUGCAGCAACACUUUAGCCUAAGCCGCGAUGAAGACAGCACCAGACAGCAAACGGUGGACCCAUUUUCACUCAGCACUCCAGCUUGCGAUAUCACGCUCAGCACACAAAUGGACAUACGAAGAUUUCCAGGAAUGCUUCACGCUCUGGUGCAAGGAAGAGCCACACGGUGCAGAGGGUAUCUUUAACACCGUCUCGAGACAUAUGGAGGAUCAAAUACACCAAAGUUGCGAGAAUCUGUUCAAGGAGUUUAAUGUGAGGGAUAGUAUCAACAUCCUUCAUGCCGUCGUCUCUGAGGCGAGAGCUCAAAAACAACGUGGGGAAAUACAUGGCAAGGAUGUCUGGAGAGAAAACCUCGCACCGCGUGCUGCUGUUCGUGCACGUACUGUCCGGGUGAUGGGAUCUGAAGUAGAGCAACUACGAGCAGAACUUCAGGCUCUCGAGGAAGAAAACUCUGCUCUGUAUGCCCAAUGUGAGGAUAACGACCAAAAGCAACGUGCUGCAGACGUUAAGACAGCGGAGCUAUUGGAUAUCCUUGAUGAUGUUUACGCAAAGUGGAGUCAGCUCCCGCAGGAUGAAAUAGGCGUAUGGGCUCUUGAAUCAGCGGAGAACGUCGGCUUCGCACAACCACCAUAGAUUGAUGCAGGCACGCCGUGGUUUGAGUUUGGGGCGAUGCUGAUGUCACAGUCCGUUCAAGUUUGCUUUUUUGGUUGAGGGUUACCAUUGUACGGACUUUUGACUGCUUUCAGAGUUUUCUGAUAGUGGCAAGAAUAUUGUAUGCUAUUAACAUGCAUCUCGGAAGCUCCUAAUUGACAUGAUGUGUGCAACCACAAGUGAUAAUACCCAAGUCGUGCAAAGAAUAACAUCAUCCUACCUAUGGGAACUUCCUUCAUGGACGAUCACGUGGUAUGAGGUCGACAGGUUCCAGCUGAUCGGCCAAGG